AUUCUAUAAAUUAUAUAUGGUGACUUCAGAAGGCAUGUUGAUGAGUGGUUCAAGUUUAGCACUUGAAUUUUUAGAUGAUGCACAAAUUAAACAUGACCCAAUUGAUAUGAAAGAAUGUUAUAGAUUCCAAGCAAAGGGGGCAUGGGGAUUUAGUACUUGUGAUCAAGGAUACACAGUGUCUGAUUGUGCAUCUGAAGCUUUAAAAUCAGUCAUUUAUCUUCAAAAACUUGG